AUGUACGUUAAAGUAAGAACAAUGGAUGGCAAACAAGAGGCAAUGUUAACCAUAUCAAGAGCAAUAGAAGUGCAAGAUUUCAAGGUAAAAUGAACGUAGCACGAAAAAUGCUAUUUUCAAAAGAAGCAAUUUUUUAAUAUUUUUCUUUUCUUAUGAAAUUGUCUCUGUGCUGCGUUUCAUGGUAGAGCUUUUGAAACAGAAGUUCUCUGAGUUUAUUAAAUACUCCAUGUUUGUAAAAGAUAUUCAUUUGAAUGUUGCUAUAAUGCUUGGUAAAUUACUAUAUUUUCGUCUGCUUAAAUAGAUUUUAUCCUGAGAUAAAACAUUUGCAGUAUAUGCAUAUUUGGACUAUAUUUAUGUAAAUAUAAAUGUAACAAUGUUUCAUAAAAACUCUAAUUCACAAAAAUAUUGUUUUUAUAGCGUGUGAUUGAAGAGGAGAUGAAUGUAAAAGUGGACUUACAACGAUUGUUCUAUCGUGGAAAACAAUUAGAAAAUGAUUAUACAUUACAUGAUUAUAAUAUUAAUAUAAAUGAUGUUAUUCAAUUAGUGAUAAAAAUUAACGGUUUUGAAAAUAGUAACACUCCUGCUUCCAGCAGCAGUGUUACUACUAUUUCUAGUUUUAAUUCUGAAAAAGAAAUUGCAGAUAUUUCUAAUAAUGGAGAGAAAUUACUUGAAGCACUUACUGAAAGCCUAUAUUAUAAAACUGGAGAUGUAGUAGAUUGCCUCAAUCGAAUUUAUGGAGCUUGGUUUGAGGCAAUAAUAUUAAAGAUCUUUAAAAAAGAUGAUAAAAUUAUUUAUAAUAUGCAGUGGGAAUGUGAUGAUGAAGCUCCAUCUUUUAAUGUAUCUGAGUCAUUAAUAAGACCGCGUGCAAGACAUUUGUUACAAUUUGACAAUUUAGAAGUAGGUCAAAAAGUGAUGAUUAAUUAUAAUGUGGAUGAUUCUAAAGAAAUUGGUUUUUGGUACGAUUUUACAAUAUUGAAUAUAAUUAAAAAGAGAAAAGUACAAGAACUUAUUGGGAUAUUGCAUAUUGGAAAAGAUGAAUCAAUCGACAAUCUGAAAGUGAAAGCUAGGGAUGAUAUUUUUGCCAUAGAAGAACCAAAAUUUCUUAAAGACAGAACCGAAGAUGAACAAUAUAUGGUCAGUAAACGAAGACGUGUACAAGCUAAAUGUAAUAAAUGUUACGACAAUCCUAACAAGAAAUGCAGAGAAUGUGGUUGUAGAAUUUGUGCUGGAAAAGAAAAUGAACAUAAUCUUCUCUUAUGCGAUGAGUGUGACUUCGCAUAUCAUAUAGGCUGUUUGAAUCCCCCAUUAACAUCCGUACCUGAAGAAGAUUACUGGUAUUGCUCGGAAUGUAAAAAUGAUGAAAAUGAAAUUGUGAAGGCAGGUGAUAAACUCAAACAAACGAAAAAGAAAAAUGAAAAUAGUAAUAAUAAAAGAAAAAAUUGGGAUAGAGGAAUGGCAUGUGUAGGAAAAACAAAAGUGUGCACUAUAGUUUCAAGCUGUCAUGUCGGACCUAUUCCAGGAGUAGAAGUUGGAACUAGCUGGUUGUAUAGACUACAGGUAAGUGAAUCUGGAGUACAUAGACCGCAUAUAGCUGGAAUUCAUGGAAGAUCAUCACAGUGUGCAUAUUCUAUUGUAUUGUCUGGAGGGUAUGAGGGUAAUAUUGACAAUGGCGAUGAGUUUAUUUAUACUGGCUCUGGAGGCAGAGAUUUAUCAGGAAACAAAAGAACAGCUGCACGACAAACUCGUGAUCAGUCAUUGACUAAGAUGAACAAAGCAUUGGCUAUAAAUUGCAAUGCAGAAUUCAAUCCGAGAAUCGGCGCCACAGCGGAAUAUUGGAGAGAUGGUAUACCUGUAAGAGUUGUGAGAAACUACAAGCUUGCUAAAUUCAGCAAAUAUGCACCACAAGAAGGCAACAGAUAUGACGGUAUAUAUAAGGUGGUAAAGUAUUAUCCAGAUAUAGGUGAAAGCGGAUUUCGCAUAUGGAAAUUUUUAUUAAGAAGAGAUGAUCCAAUACCUGCACCAUGGACUAAAGAGGGUAAAGCACGAAUAACGGCACUCGGUUUGGAAUUAAUAUAUCCAGAUGGAUAUUUAGAAGCAAGGGCAAAAGAUGAAGUAAAUGAAAUAAAUAAAAAACGAAAUUUAUUUAUGGAAGAAUCUGCUACUUCGAAUGAAGAGAAACAACAGAAAAAGAAACAAAAAUUGGAGGGUUAUAAAUUAGAAAGUGAAAUAGUAAAAUGUAUCGAGCAAGAUCGGACAAACGCAAAAUUAUGGAAUGAAUGUCGUAAAGCCGUACAAAAUGGUAAACCUGCAUUUUUGCAAUAUGUUUCAGAAAGAUUCACAUGUCCUUGUUGUUUGGAACUUGUUUACAAUCCUAUCACGACUCCAUGCGCACAUAAUAUUUGUCUUAAUUGUUUGAAACGUAGUUUUUUAAUGGGUGGGCGAUGUUGCCCGUCAUGUCGUUAUUUAUUUGAUGGAAAUUAUAAAAUGAUAAUUAAUACAUUUUUAUCAUCUGCUUUAUUAUUGCUUUAUCCAGGUUACAAAGGUGGAUAACAUUAAUUUUUGAUAAAAUAAUACUUAUAUCCCUAAAAUACAAAUUUUCACAUGCCAAUUCAAACUGCAUUAUAAUAAUAUGUCUGCAUAAAUGUCUAGAUACGACUUGUGUUUUAAUAACGAGAGUAUGAUUUUUGGUAUAAUACAUAGUUAUAAGAAGAGCAACAUAUUCUGCUCAUUUUUAUUUAUAUAAAAAGUUUGUUAAUAUCAAUAACAAUACUACAAUAAUAUUUUUAUUAUUAAUAAUAUAUUUUUCCAGUCGUAGAUUUGCAGUCAUAAAAUGACUGAUAAUAUUAAUUAAAUAAUAAUUAUUAUUAUUGUAAUACUUAUUAUGUUGAUUUUUGAUUUGUAUAAUUUCAAAUUUUAUAUCCACAAGGUAGAUCAUUUAAAUGGGAUUAUUUUUUUUUUGAUUGUUAUUUAUAGAGACAUGGAUAAACUUUGUUAAUAAGUUAUUCAAUACGGGACUAUGGCAGUAAUGACUUUUUUUGUAGAUGGAGAGGCUUCAAGUAUUUCAAGAUUACCCUUUAGAUCAUUCUUUCUUUACAAAAAAGAUUAACCUACAUAUAUCAAAAGACUAUUUAGUCUAGAAGGUAUUUUAUUUUAAUUUUAUAGAAUCUGUUGAAUGAAAAACAAAGGACGGUAUGAGUGUAAGAAUACUGCCUUUGCCCUUUCUCGUUUUUUACAAAUCAAAAUCUUACAACAAAAUCACUACUGCCAUAUUAGGGUCUCUAAUAUUGAAUAACUUUUAUUUUUAUUUUUUUUUACAAAGUUUAUUCAUGUUUUAAGAACAACGGAGUUAUUUAGAUGGAUCCAUUUUAGGAGUUAAGUAAAUCCCACUUAAGUGGUCCACGUUGUAUAUGUACUAUACGGUUUAUGUAUUGACUACAAACUAUAUAUGUUUGAUCAUUUAUUUGUAUAUGUACAUGUGAUGUGUUUUAAUUUAAACCAAUUGUACGUGGUUCUAAUUUGCAUUUUAAUGAAUUAUAUUGCUUUUUUUUAGUUAGCAUAAUUUUCACAAUAUCAAUAAUGUUAUGAAUCAUGUUAUUUUACAGUGAAUUAAAUAAAUAUUUUUUUAUUACAAUUGAUGUGAUGUUAUUAAUUACACAUCAAAAAGAAAGUUAUUUUAUUGAUCUCUUUGAUCAAAAGAUUGAACUAUUUCACUUAUCCAUUGGAGAUAUUUGUUGCUUCCAUUUUGAAUCUAAAAUAAAAUAUUGUUCAACUACUUUUGCCAUGCAUUAAAUUGGAAUAUAGUGUACCUUGUACAUUAAAAUAUAAAUACUUACAGGUAAUGAAAUCACCUCACAGACUUCAUAAGGAUGAUUCUCCCUGUUUAAAAUCAGUGCAAGAUAAAUUUUAAACAUACACAUAUAAUUUAAAAACAUCAUUUAUACUUACAUUACGUAUUUCGUUAAUGCAUCCACAGUAUCAGUUCUAGUUUUUAUCAUCUAAAAAAUAAAUAAUACAAGAUGCGUAUCAAUAAUUUAGACUUACUAUCAUUAUUUUAUAUAUAUCUUACCAACAAAAGUUCGCUAUCUUCGUUGAUUUCAUUUUUCCACUCGUACCUGUAAUGUGCAAAUAAUGUUACUCCACUUUGAGAUAUAUACUUUAUAGCGUGUAUAUGUAUAUAUUAUACUUACACUGACGUAAGUCCCGGUAUAAUAUUAACGCAAGCGGCUAAUUUAUUUUUCACCAAACCACUGUAAAUUAAAUGGAACAAUUAUUUUUGUAAUCUGUAAUUAUUUUUCAGGGAGUUAAUUCCCAAUAGAUUACAUUAAUUCUUACUGAGCCAAUUUUUUAGCAACUUCCUGCGUCGGAACCGUUACGUAUGCAACGGAAUGAACUCCUGCGAAGCUACUCAUGUUUCUAUAGGUAGCAGUAGUAACACUUUUGGAUAAACAAAAGAACGUAAUAAUUCCCAAAAUCGGCUUGCAGAACAUAAGUGAUAUUUGCUUUAUUCAAUGUUUCGGUACCGGUACUUUCCUACCGACUUGAAGGCUGCUUCAAAAGCAGCAACUUCACGUAUAUAUACUUUCAAGUCGAAGCACUUUAAAAUCGAUUAGUCGAAGACAAAUAUCUAAGGUAGAAUUAUUUUGAAAAAGCAAAUGGCGGUCUUUUAACGAAAGAAUUUACUCCUUUGCUCUGAAAGGGAUCAACUUUAAAGAUUCACACAAAUUAGAAAAGCUAAAAUUAAUAUUUAAAAGGUCAUACGCCAUUUUAUAGGCAACAUUAA